CAUCAAAAACUGUCAAACAAUCUGUCAAAAUGGCACGUCAGCAACAAGAUGUUGAUGAACUUUUCGAUGUUAAAAAUGCGUUUUACGUUGGAAAUUACCAGCAAGCUAUCAACGAGGCACUCAGUAUUAAUGGCUCCACACCUCUGAUAGCACUGCAGAAAGAUGCGUUCCUAUACCGCUCUUAUAUCGCCCAAGGCAACCACAGAAUCGUGCUGCAAGAGCUUAAGUCUGCUGACCCUAUGCUUCAGCCUUUGAAGAGCUUGGUGGAUUAUUUGUCUCCUGGAGCCAACAAGCCCGUUAUUGUAGCUGAUAUUGAUGCUAGAGUGGCUAAAGGCACAGAACUUGCUAAUGAGAUAUUUUUGCUGGUAGCGGCUACAAUUUACUACCAUGAGGAGAACUAUGAAGCUGCAUUGAAGAUACUACAUGGAGCUGAAUCACUGGAGCUUCGAGCAUUCACCCUACAAUGCCUGCUAGCUAUGAACCGGCCUGACUUGGCGAAGAAACAGCUCAAGUUGCUACAGGAUAUUGAAGACGAUGGCACUUUGACACAGCUCGCUCAGGCUUGGCUUAAUUUGGCUCAGGGCGGUCCAGGAGUGCAAGACGCUCACUACAGCGUGAUGGAACUGGCCGAGCGCUUGGGAGCGUUGGGUGCGGGACCGGCCGCUGUUGGCGCCGCCGCCGCUGCUUCUAGAGGCAUGUGGGAAGAAGCUGAACAGCUGGUGGUAGAAGCACAAGCGCGCGCGCCGCAGCAGCCCGACUUGUUGCUGGCGCAGGCCGUGGCCGCCGCGCACGCUGGGAAGCCUGCUGAGGUCUCCAGCCGCUACCUAGCACAGCUCCUCGACAGUCACCCAGACCACCCAUUCACAAAGGAAUACAACGCCAAGAGCAACGAGUUCAAGCGGCUCGCCGCCCAGUAUCAGCCCUCUGUAGCAAGUUGAACCUUGACGCAAGGCAAGAGAGUUUAUUAUUCUGUAUCACUUAUAUCAUGAGUUAAAGUUUUAUGUACUAUGGUAAA